AUGUCCAAAUAUCUAUACAAGCAGUAUGUACGGUUAGUCACGAAAUGGCCAAAGGACGAGUUUAAGAGCCCAGAAAGAGAUCUGGCAGUGUUUCUUGGUAGAGAAGUGGAACGUCAUUUCAAAACCGAAUCGGCCAGCCUUGACAUGGCUAUCUCCGCUUCAUUGCCAAUUAGAGUACCAACUCAGUAUAUUUCCAAUAGCGAGGACGUUACCCUUGGCAACACCAGGCUCAAAUCUCUAGAACAAAUAAGUUCAAACACAACGGCGAAACUCUAUCCACAUCAGUACAAAUCAGGUGUUUUCGGACUCAAUUUGCAGCAGUUACAGGUAUAUUCUCGUGAUGAAUUGAUUCUGGUACUUAUUUCCCAAUUAGGGCAUUCUAAU